AUGCGUGGUACUACUGAAAUCAUUUUGCCUGGUGGCUGCAGCUUCAAGGUUUGGGGGCCAUCACAACCAUCAUAUCCUUACUUUCCUCUCGGCCCAGACAUUAACCAUGGGCAGCAUUGCCUAUGUAGAGACGAGUAUGGAGUCAUGGACGAUGACACCGUCUUCAUGGCCCUCUGGCUACGAAACUGGGCCGAAUGGAACGCCAUGCGCGUUCUGGCUCACGAGCUGCAAGACAACCAACACUCUAGAUGGUCAGCCUACGAUGCCUUUUGUCAACGAUAUCUUGAUUGGGCUUGGGUAGAAUGGGACUUGCCGUCUAUCGGUAGUCGCUUUUCGGCAAGCCACCGGACAGAACAGCCUAUUCAAUGGUUCUGGCAAUCUCUCGCGGGCGCCCGGGACCUUUCGCAUUGUUUGCAGCCUGACCACGCGCGGCGGUUCGUCAUAACAAUGCAGCAGCCGCCUGAUCCGUCAUGGGGAUAUGCUAAUAUCAUGCGCUCCUUCGAGAUGGACCAUGGUCAGCGAGUGGCCAGUACUCAAAAUGCGUCGAAUUCCCACACAUCCCACAGAACUUAUGGGGCUUCCAGUACUCCGAGACCUAGAAGUAGCUUCUACGCGGAUUCGGUACUGUCCCCAGAAGAAGCACAGUUUGCAGUGGCAAGUGCUGAAAUGGAAAUCGAGAAUUCAAUGGCCCGUUUUCAGCAUGGUCUCGACGCGGAAGUGCAAAGGUACAGACGACAGUAUGGAUAA